AUGGAGGAGACAUCGUCGACAGCUAGGGCCCCAGAUGCUAGGCAGAGAACAGCUUCAGAUUCAAUACCUUCGUCAUCUCCUGGAUUUGGAACCCCAGCGCGCCCGUUUAAACCGAGAAGGCACAGUCCACUUGUCACAAAGGCGUCCAUACUUCCUAUCCUGCUUCCUCCUUCGACUCUUCGGCCUGUAGCCUUUCGCACCUUUACCAGAAAGCACAAUCUGACAAUCUCUUCAACGGCCCUCCAAACACUAGCCACAUUCGUGGGUAAGAACUGUGGCACUGGAUGGCGUGAAGAAGGUCUUGCGGAGCGAGUUCUGGACGAAGUGGCUAAAGCUUGGAAGAAAGCUGGGGGUGGUGUUAUUGUUGAAGAAGGCAAAGGGGCUUCAUUGAAGGACAUACUGCAUACUUUGGAGGGUAGUAUGAGUGGCGGGAGGAUAAUUUCCGGGAAGUCGUCAGAUAGAGGAACGAAUAUUGCUUCGGAUAGAAAUGUGGGCGAUGCAAGUGUUGGAUUGAGUCGCAACAGCUUGCAGCUGGCUCUUUCUCCGUCCUCAGAAGAUAACGAGGAGGAUCCGGAUUUGUCGUUUCACCCAAGGAGUUGGAUCAAGGCCAUUGGGGCUUUCGAUAUCCCUCGUCUGGCAUACAACGUGGGCAAGAAAUACUUCGAGACCGCGAAAUUGAAACCUACUUUGCUACCUCCGUCAUUUCACAAGACCAAUCUAUUCAGAGAUCGGUACAACUUGGUCCACCAGCGGUUGCUCCGGAAUGAGUCGUUUCAAACAUCCUUUGGAACAUCCGGUGUACCCUCUUUGCGGCGUUCUGCAUCUACGUUUGCUACACAGCAAUGCUAUAAAUUAACACAAAUAGCGAACCUCCUUGGACGAAGUGGAACAUCACAUCUUCUUCUAGGGUUGCUCUCCAUCUCGCCGACAGGAGAUCUGUCACUUACUGAUUUGACCGGAAGUGUUGCGCUCGACUUGGAUCAUGCGCGGAUCGUACCUGAGGAUGGCGCAUGGUUCACACCCGGAAUGAUUGUACUUGUUGAAGGAGUAUACGAAGAAGGAGAUAACAUUUCAGGUUCAACCAUAGGCGGAAAUAGCGGAGUCGGCGGUGCAAUAGGAGGUAGAUUUAUUGGGGCUUCCAUCUGUGGGCCGCCGUGUGAACGAAGAGAUGUUUCACUAGGGACAGGCAGCCAGCAAAGCACCGGAGAUAUCAGUUCUAGCGGGGGUUUCGGCUGGGUUGACUUUUUGGGAGUUGGAAGUGAACGUGCACAAGGUUCUCGCAUGAGAAAAAUUGAAGCUAAAUGCCUGAAAUCUAAGCAAGGUGGUACCGGAACUCCUGCACGACUGAAAGUGGCGAUUAUGAGCGAGAUCAGCCUCGACGAUAUGAAAACUUUUGACGCAUUAAGGAAGAUCUUUGGCUUAUACAACAGCUUGCCGUUGGAUGAACGUCCGGUUGUUUAUGUCAUGAUGGGCAAUUUUGCCCAAACGGCCGUUAUUAAUGGAAGUGGUCGAUCUGGCAGCGUCGAGUACAAAGAGUACUUCGACUCGCUCGCACUGACAUUGUCCGAUUUUCCGUCGAUAUUACAACACUCCACGUUUAUAUUUGUUCCAGGCGAUAAGGAUCCGUGGGCGUCAACUUUUUCAGCAGGAGCUGCGUCCACAAUUCCACGUCGGGGAAUCCCUGAAUUGUUCACAUCAAGAGUGAAACGUGCUUUUGCAACAGCUAAUUCAGGAUCAGAAAGGUCUCAUUCAACGGAACCCGUUGGUGAAGCUAUUUGGUCUUCUAAUCCAUCACGCCUCACUUUCUUUGGUCCCUUGCAUGAUAUCGCUAUCUUUCGUGAUGAUAUUUCAGGAAGACUGAGACGCAACGCAGUGAUUUUGCGUUCCGAAAUACCUGAAUCCGAUUUUGAUACUGAGAUGCUCGAUGCGUCAAACUCUUCCCUGGCUAACGCGAGUUCCACAGCGUCUGAGAACCCAAUUGAGCCUCUAGCCGAGCGAAGGAGCACCGGACUGGAUACUCCGCCUAAUAUGCUCAUGGCCCGGAAGUUGGUCAAGACGGUGUUAGACCAGGGGACAAUGUCUCCUUUCCCUCUCUCAGUGCGGCCUGUAUUGUGGGACCAUGCGUCAGCAUUGCAGCUAUACCCGCUACCAACUGCAUUCGUUCUCGCGGACGCCGAAGCUCCACCCUGUUGUAUUACCUAUGAAGGCUGCCAUGUGAUGAAUCCUGGGAGGUUGAUUCCGGAGGGCGACUUAUCCACCGUGAAAUGGGUGGAGUACGACGUCUUAAAAAACCGAGGAAGAGUGAGGGAAGAGCACUAUUAG